CACGCACAUAACUAUAUGAACAGAUGCAACUAGAAGACAGAAUGAAGAACCUGGACGAGGCUCCUGGGAGUGAAACCGUCAGACUGAACCACAGCUCGGAGCGAGAAAAUCUAUCUGAGACAUCCCAUAAUAAGAGUCUGCUUCUCGCUGAGCCAUGGAAACCAUGCCGACGGACCCGUGCCAUUGUCAAAGAGUGGCUGAUGAAGCUAAUCAGUUGUUUAGGAACCGUGUGUGGGAUGGAGUGGUAUGCCUACGCUGCUCUAGGCAUUUUGACUGCCAUCCUCAGCUUCCUCAUGGACCUAAGUGUAACAAAACUGCUGACAGCUCACCAGUGGCUUUAUGUGAAGCUGGAGGGCAACAGUCUGCUACAGUUCUUCUGCUGGACUCUUUACCCAGCAUGCCUCUGUGCUGUUGCAUCAUCUUUCUCCCACAACAUCUGUCCCUUCUCCACAGGCUCGGGGAUACCAGAGGUGAGGACCAUGCUGGCUGGUAUUGAAAUGCCUCAUUACUUGUCUCUCACUAAUAUGUUUACCAAGUUCCUGGGCCUUAUCUGUACACUGGCAGCCGGUAGCACUGUUUUCCUGGGGAAAGUGGGUCCUUUUGUGCAUCUUUCCACCAUGGUUGGAGUCUACCUGAGCAAUCUCUGCACACUUGUACAAGCCAAAAAUAAGGAAAAAGCUGCUGGAGAAAUACUGGUUGUGGCCUCUGCAGUCGGGGUAGCCAGUUGCUUCGGAGCUCCCAUCAGCGGUGUGUUGUUCAGCGUGGAGGUGAUGUCUUCUCACUUUGCCCUGAGGCAUUACUGCCCAUGUUUCUUCUCAGCCGUCUGUGGGGCGUUAACCUUCCGGCUGUUCUCAGUGUGGAGUGGAGAUGGAGAGACUCUUCGGGCAUUGUUCAAAACUAAUUUCCCCACAACUUUACCUUUCUAUCCGCUGGAGAUUUUGCUGUUUGCUUUCCUGGGGCUGCUGUGUGGAGCUGUGAGCUGCUGUUAUCUCUUCUGCCAUCGGUGGAUCCUGCAAUUCACCAAAACAAACCCGAUGUUCAACAAGAUGCUGACGACAGAGAAGGCUCUAUAUUCAGGCAUGGUGGUCUUCUUCCUGGCAUCUCUGACAUUUCCCCACUCUGUUGGUCAAUAUAUGGCUUCUAAGCACACCAUGAAGCAGCUCCUCACCUCCUUACUGGAUAGCAGGCAGUGGAGCUCUCACUCCCAUAAUGCCUCUGUUCAGCCUUUGUUGGAGUGGAGCUCACCAGGGAGUGCUGUCCACCUUUCUUUGACUGUCUUUCUGCUCAUGAAGAUGUGGAUGUUGGUCCUCGCCUGCACUCUGCCUCUGCCAGCUGGAUACGUCAUGCCAGUGUUUGUCUAUGGGGCUGCUUUGGGCCGUUUGCUUGGAGAAGGAGUAGCUUAUGUAUCUGCCACUGGGCUGACUUCAGGCCAGCAGUGGGGUUCUAUAAAUCCUGGGGGCUAUGCACUUGCUGGUGCAGCAGCCUUCUCCGGGGCUGUGACACAUACCUUGUCCCCAGCUCUCCUGGCUCUAGAGUUAACUGGAGAGUUCAGCCAUGCUGUACCCAUCUUCCUCGCCACUCUGCUGGCCAACGCCGUGGCUCGCUCUGGGCACCGCCCGUCGUUCUAUGAUGCGCUCUCGAUCAGCAAAAGGCUCCCACACCUGCCUUCUCUGAUGAAGGCAUGCCCCCAGCUUCUCUCCACACCAGUCGGACAGGUUUUGGGAGAGAAAUCAGUGCAGCUUCAGAAAGCAGCUGUGCCAAUGGAGGUCCAGCAUGCUGUCAACACCAGCACUGAAACACAAAUCCCUGUGGUGGACUCACAUGACUCGCAGGUUUUACUGGGGUUUGUCCUCCGAUCAGAGCUGCUGAUGUUUCUGCGUCACUGUAAGACUGAGGUUCUGGAGAAACAUCUGGAUGAAGUCUGUCGCAUUUAUCCAAACUCAGUCUUAUUAUCACCUCACAACACCGUUCAGGAGGCCCACAGUAUCCUGAGUUUUAUUGGACACCAGACCUUGUUUGUGGCAGACAGGGGAAGGCUGAUCGGUCUCAUCACAUGGCCAGAGAUGAAGAGAAUAAUAGAGGACUUGGCCAGAGAAAUGUAAGCAACGACGCCCAGGAAACAAGCAUAUCCCUUCACCUUUUUCUAAGAAAACACGAAUCCAUCUCUUCUUGAUUAAAGCUUGGCUCUGAUAA